AUGGCAGUUAAUACAACAGUUCCUAAUUUGACAAAUGGUGACAUUUUGGAUAUGUCAAGAAAUUCAAAUAAUGAUGAUAAUCCGUCUAAUUGUCUUCAAACGAAUUCCUCUUCAUCAUCAUCUUCUUCUCCUCAUAUUGAACAAGGACCAGUACAUCAGUCUACAGAUUCUAACAGCUGUGAUAAAUGUGAGAACCGUAGUUAUCUUGACGGAAUUCGAAUAUUAAAUUGGUUUGAAAACAAAUCCAUUGAUGGAAAUUUAAUGAUACCUGAUCAUGUAACAUAUGUUUAUGUUAUAACAUUAGCUUCUAUUUUGGAUAAAUGGAUUAAAGAUGAUAACCGAAGAAAGCUUUGUAAAGCUUAUUUAAAACUUGGUCAAAAUUGUGAUUAUUGGGCACCAGAAAUGUUUCGAUCAAUUCAGCAAUCAGAUACUAGUACAAAAAUUAAAUUUAUAGAAGAGAAACUAAAUGUCUUGAAUAAUAAGAUUCAUUCUCUAAUCGAUGAUUACAAUAAAUGUUCACUGGUAUAUAACACACAUAGAAAACAUAAUUGUAAUGUAGAAAUUAUUAAAAAUUUAUUGGAAUUAUCUGGUUUAAGUAUUGGAAACAUAGUAUUUCCAAAAGAUAACUUUGCUAAUUCCACAUUAAAAUUACAACAAUAUGUCCGUGAUUAUAUCAUGCAACGUAAUGAACAUUUUCAAAAAUCAACUGAUAUGAAAAUUCAAAGAGCUAAAGCACAUGCUGGUCAUUUUCUUUUGUUAAAAGAUUUUAUGAAAAUCAUUCAAUGA